CGGCUGUUUGCUAAUUAAAAUACUUAUUAAUAUUGAACAAAUUAAAACUUUCUUUGAUUGGUUUGAUUUAAAACCAGGUCAAAAUUGUUACGAUUCCUAGUUUGUUUUGACACACGGAAUAAAGGGGAAAAUGGAAACUAAUGAUGUUCAAACCCUUCAUCAGUGUGCUAUAUGCAAUGAGAUUUUCCAACAAUAUGAUGAAUUAGAAAAACACAAUAAAAUACAUGUUAAAGAAGAGGAAACCGAUGAUACUGACUUUGAUAGAGAUUUCCAAGUUCAUUUUAAUUUUAAAGUAGAAAAAAAUGAAGACUAUCAUCAAGGUAAUUUGAGUCAAGAAGAAAUAAGUUCUGACACUAUUUUAGAGAAACAUGUCAAGGAAGAAAAAAUAAAUCACGAUGGUAAUCAAGGGACAAUGAUUAAACUUGAUCAGGGUGUAAAACCGUACAAGUGUGAAGAUUGUGAUAAAUCAUUCACUCUGAAGUGUAAUCUGUUAACACAUAUACGCGGCCACACCGGAGAUAAACCCUAUAAAUGUGACAUUUGUGGUAAAUUAUUUCAGUUGAAGGGCAACCUUCAAACACACAUGAAAAUUCAUACAGGUGAAAAAAGCUUUAAGUGUGAUGUGUGUAGUAAGUUAUUUACUGUAAAGCAAGGUUUAGAGACACAUAUGAGGACACACACUGGAGAGAAACCCUUUGAUUGUGAUAUCUGUGGUAAAUGUUUCUGUCAUAGAGGUCAGCUACAAUCUCACAUGAGGACUCAUACUGGGGAGAAACCAUAUAAAUGUGAUGUUUGUAGUAAAUCAUUUAGUCAGAUUGGUAAUCUAAAGCAGCACAUGAUAUCCCAUACUGGGGAGAAACCUUUUAAAUGUGAUGUUUGUGGUAAAUCAUUUAAUCAACGUACUUAUCUGGAGACACACAUAAGAUUCCAUACCGGGGAGAAACCCUUUGAAUGUGGUAUUUGUAAUAAAUCAUUUACAGAUGGCUCUGCAUUAAGAAGACACAUGAGGAUCCAUACUGGAGAAAAAUCCCUUGAAUGUGGAUUUUGUGGUAAAACAUUUAGUUCGAAUACGUAUCUACAGACACAUAUGAAAAUUCAUACAGGGGAGAAACCCUAUAAAUGUGAUGUUUGUGGGAAAUCUUUUACUGACAGUUCAGCGAGGAAGAGGCAUAUGGAAAUUCAUACUGGAGAAAAGGUUUAUAAUUGUGAUGUUUGUAAUAGAUCCUUUCGUCACACUAAAUCUCUAUCUCAACACAUAUUGAAGCAUGCCACACAACAAACUGCGGAAGAUAAACCGUUUAAAUGUGAUGUUUGUGGUAAAUCAUUUAAUUUAGAAAGUAAUCUGAAGGCACACAGCAGAGUUCAUACUGGUGAAAAAGCUUAUAAAUGUGAUGUUUGUAGUGAAUCAUUCAAUAGACACAGUGAAUUAAAGACCCACAUGAUCAGCCAUCCAGAAGAUGUUGUUACAAAAGAUGGAGAAGACAAAUUUACUUGUGCAUGCAAAUGUGAUAGUUGUGGUGAAUCAUUUACAAGAAUAGCUGAUUUAUAUAAUCACAUGAAAAUACAUUGUACUAUUUGAAAGACUCCACACAUGAAUAUACAUUCUAGUACUGAAAGACUCUUCAAUUACGUGUGGCUUAAUGGUUGUAUACUGAAAUAAUGGUACGCCAAAAUGAAAGGAUGGCAUCACAUCUGUAUUUUAACAAGAUAUAUUCUAGUGCUUGAGACACUCCUCACUUAUUAGGAUAUAAUCACAUUGAAAUACAUGUACCCAAUUACUUGAGCAACUCCUCAUUUACUAAAACAUGUGAUUCAUUAGAAAUGGUUCCACUGCUGAUGUCUUCCGUCUUGCUCCAGCGACGGUAGUGGACCGUUCCAAGGCCUUCCUUUGAGCAUGUUUUGUAGUCAGUUUAUUACAAAAAAGUUACUGGCCUCCCUUAAUUUCCAAUAACACUGAGCCCAAACUGUACUGUACAUAGCUAAACAUUAUAAUAAACCAAUUCCCAUUGAAUUAAAGGUGAAAACCUUACCAUAUAAUUAUAUGAUUUGAUCAAACCCAACUGCUAUGCAAAAUUUCUGUUCAUUAUAAAAUGGCCGCCGAACCAGAAUCAUGUGGUGUCAUGUCACUCGAAAAUACAGAAAAACUGUUUGGUAAGAUAAGAUUAUGAUUUCAGUGUUCCACUCUUCACUAUUUGUAACAUAAUUACUUAUUUCCAUGCAAACUGUGAUGAUAUUUUGCAAUUGAGCCUAAUUUUACUUGUUCAAAGCCUCGAAUAGUGUAUCCAUUGUAGCCGUAAUUAUCACGGCUACAAAUUGCAGCUAGUGAUUCAUAUACAUGAAUAUUUGGUCAAAUGGCAUGGUGUCGAUUUCCCGCUUGUAUGUGACGAGGAGUAGGGUUGCUUCUCCAACCUCGUGGGUUUUCUCCAAGCCCUCCUGUUCUCUCCCACUGCUAAAGAUCCAUAACAUGUAUGGAAUGCACGUAAAAGAUCCCUUAGCAGUUGGAAUUCGAUAUAAGAGUAGGCGAUAGUGCCGCUGCCCGGGCAAAAUUUUACUCAUAGCACACUGUAUGGCGUAUGCCCGUCUUCAUUAGCCCAGUAUAGGAACAGAACAGUAGGACGUUAAACCCCAUUGCAUUUCAUUUCUACAAAGUAUUCAAGAGUACUUUAAAAAAAAAAUUACUAACAAAUUCUACAAAAAAAUGGCAUCACGUUGCUGAGCAUGAUGUGAAU